AUGGCAAUGAAGCUGACUUCUUGUUGUCUUCUGGCAAUGGCCCUGCUUGGCUGUCUGGCUGAUGCUCAAUAUUUUAAGCAGCCCCAGCAGCCCCAGACUCCGAAAUACCCAGCACCAAAGCCUCAGAAGCCACAGGUUCUACCCAAAAGGGUCCCUCAACAACCCCAGCAGCCCCAGCAGCCCAAGCAGCCCUACCAGCCCAAGCAGCCAACAGAAGUAUUUCACACUUGUGAAGUGGCUGAGCACUACAAGAUUAAGUGUGGUGCUGCCGACAUCUCUGCUUCAGAAUGUGAGGCUAUAAACUGCUGCUUUGAUGGACGCAUGUGCUAUUAUGGCAAAUCUGUGACUCUCCAGUGCACCAAGGACGCUCAGUUCAUCGUGGUGGUGGCCAGAGAUGCCACCCUACCCAACAUUGACCUGGAGACAAUUUCUUUCCUUGGAAAUGAUCCAAAUUGCAGUCCUGUUGAUACUACUUCAGCUUUUGCCAUCUACCAGUUCCCUGUCACUGCCUGCGGCACUGUUGUAAUGGAGGAGCCUGGUGUUUUAAUCUAUGAGAACAGGAUGUCCUCCUCAUAUGAAGUCGCAAUUGGACCCUUUGGAAUCAUUACCAGGGACAGCAGCUAUGAGCUACUCGUCCAGUGUAGAUAUAUUGGCACCUCAGUUGAGGCUCUGGUCAUUGAGGUUGGUCUGGUUCCUCCACCACCGCCAGUUGCAGCUCCUGGACCCCUGCGUGUGGAGCUCAGGCUGGCCAAUGGACAAUGUACUGUCAAGGGUUGUGUGGAAGAGGAUGUGGCCUACAGCUCCUUUUACACUGAUGCCGACUACCCCGUCACAAAGGUGCUCAGGGAUCCUGUGUACGUUGAGGUCCGAAUACUAGAGAGGACUGAUCCCAACCUUGUCUUGACUCUUGGAAGAUGCUGGGCAACUUCUGACCCCUACCCUCACAGUCUUCCUCAAUGGGACUUGCUGAUUGAUGGCUGCCCCUACCGUGAUGACCGUUACCUGACCACCCUAGUGCCAGUGGGUGCCUCAUCAGGACUCUUGUUCCCAACCCACCACAGGCGUUUUGUUUUCAAGAUGUUCACAUUUGUAUCUUCUGGUGCUGCCUAUCCUGGCAAGGGAGUGGCUGCAGAUUCAGAGGUUAUGACUCCUCUCAAGGAAAAGGUGUACAUCCACUGUGAUGCAGCUGUGUGCCAACCCUCUCUUGGAAAUAACUGUGAACCUAGGUGCUUCAGAAAGAGUAAGUAA